CCCGCCCCUUUUUCCUAUGACUCAAGGCGAAGCACGAAGGGGUGAUUAAGAAGAAUCCUCCGCGGCAUCAGCGCAACUCGUAUUAAUAUUAUUGAUUUAAAGAUAGAAAAUCGACAAUGGGCAGUACCGACUCAAAACUGAACUUCAGGAAAGCAGUGAUUCAGCUGACAACAAAAACGCAGCCAGUGGAAGCCACGGAUGAUGCCUUCUGGGACCAGUUCUGGGCGGACAGCACCACCACAGUCCAGGAUGUCUUUGCUCUGGUUCCAGCUGCAGAGAUCCGGGCUCUACGAGAGGAGUCCCCCUCUAAUUUAGCCACUCUGUGUUAUAAGGCUGUGGAAAAAUUGGUGCAGGGCGCCGACUCGGGCUGCCCCAGCGAGAGGGAGAAGCAGGUGGUCCUGAACUGCACACGUAUCCUGACCCGCAUCCUCCCCUACAUCUUUGAGGACCAGGACUGGAGGGGGUUUUUCUGGUCCACUGUGCCUGGUGCCGGCCGGGCCGGGGCGGAGGAGCUGGACGACGACGAAGGCGCUCGCCCACUGGCCGAGUCGCUCCUGCUGGCCGUCGCCGACUUGCUCUUCUGCCCCGAUUUCACCGUGCACAGCCACAGAAGAGGCCCGGACUCGGUGGAGAACUUGCACGCCAUCGACAGCUGUGAAUACAUCUGGGAAGCUGGAGUGGGCUUCGCGCAGUCCCCACCUCUCAACUACAUCCACGAUUUGAAUCGCACCGAGUUGCUGAGGUUGCUGCUCACCUGCUUCUCCGAGGUCAUGUACCUGCCAGCGUCCACCGAUAACCACAUCCUCAACCCCUGGGUGACCUUCUUCUGUUCCACUGAGAAUCGCCAUGCUUUGCCGCUGUUCACCUCGCUGCUCAACGUGGUGAGCGCCUACGACCCGGUGGGCUAUGGCAUCCCGUACAACCACCUGCUGUUCUCCGACUACCGGGAGCAGCUGGUGGAGCAGGCCGUGCAGAUCCUCAUUGUGACCCUGGAGCAUGACGGAGGGCCUUCCCACUGCCCGUCUUCUCCGUCCAGCGUGGAAGAACAUGAGUCCACCGGCCCCGAAAACUUGUUUGUGAAUUAUUUGUCGAGGAUUCACAGAGAGGAAGAUUUUGAUUUUGUACUGAAAGGAUUGGCUCGUCUCCUCACCAACCCUUUGACUCAAACGUACCUGCCUAAUUCCACCAAAAAGAUCCAGUUCCACCAGGAGCUCCUGGUACUCUUCUGGAAGCUCUGCGACUUCAAUAAGAAAUUCCUCUUUUUCGUCCUCAAGAGUAGCGACGUACUGGAUAUUCUGGUUCCAAUCCUCUUCUACCUUAAUGAUGCCCGAGCUGACCAGUCCCGCGUGGGCCUCAUGCACAUCGGUGUGUUCAUCCUGCUGCUGCUGAGCGGCGAGAGAAACUUCGGCGUGCGCCUGAACAAGCCCUACGCCCUCCAUGUGCCCAUGGACAUCCCGGUGUUCACGGGCACUCACGCCGACCUACUGAUCGUGGUCUUCCAUAAGAUUAUCACCACGGGCCACCAGCGUUUACAGCCUCUCUUUGACUGCCUGCUCACCAUUGUGGUGAACGUGUCACCAUAUCUGAAAAGUCUUUCCAUGGUAGCGGCCAAUAAGCUGCUCCACCUACUGGAGGCCUUCUCCACUACCUGGUUCCUGUUCUCUGCCGUCCAGAACCACCAUCUUGUUUUUUUCCUGCUGGAGGCCUUCAACAACAUCAUCCAGUAUCAGUUUGACGGGAACUGUAAUCUGGUGUACGCCAUCAUCCGCAAGCGUAACAUCUUCCACCAGCUUGCUAAUCUUCCAUCGGACCCGGCCACCAUCCAGAAGGCCCUGCAGAGAAAGAGGAAGUCGCCUGACGCCAUCUCCCGCACCAGCUCGCAGGAGACUGUCUCCAUGGAAGGUUCCCGCCCCGCCGUGCCAGCAGAACCUGGCACCCUGAAGGCCAGCCUGGUCGCCAUACCUGGCAUUGACAAACUGACCGAGAAGUCUCAGGUGUCUGAGGAUGGUACCAUGGUGUCCAUCCCCAAGCUGGACCACUCGGAGCAGAUAACAGCCAGCGGGACCAGCGACACUGAAUCCAUCUCGGGAAAAGACAAUGAAGAUGUUUUCUACACUGAGGCAGAAAUGGAGAGAAGGCGCUUGUCAAGCGUUUCUUCAGCAUCACAUUGGGCUCCCACACCAGAGUGGGUCCUCUCCUGGAAGUGUAAGCUCCCCUUGCAGACCAUCAUGCGUCUGCUGCAGGUGUUGGUUCCACAGGUGGAGAAGAUCUGCAUCGACAAGGGUCUGACAGAUGAAUCGGAGAUCCUCAAGUUCCUCCAGCACGGGACGUUAGUCGGCCUGCUGCCCGUCCCUCACCCCAUCCUCAUCCGGAAGUACCAGGCCAACGCUGGCACAGCCAUGUGGUUUCGCACCUACAUGUGGGGUGUGGUCUACCUGCGCAACGUGGACCCACCCAUAUGGUAUGACACGGACGUGCGCCUAUUUGAGAUUCAGAAGAUGUAGACGACAGAGCGCGAAGCUGACUGUGUUGAAGGCACCUCCUAUUCCUCAUGACGCAUGCCGAGUGCUCGUUUAUCAGUUAAAUAUUUUCAAUAGGCAACUCGUUACAUGUUGUUCUGACCUGUGCAGCUGGGUUUAGUUUUAGACGGGGGGGGGGGGGGGGGUGACAAAAUCUUGUUAUGAUGUCAUAGCAAGGUGGUUUUUGCCACUGCAGCAGGGGGCGUGGGGUGGGGACAGCCUCCAAUUUGGGGAUGCACUUUGGUAUUGAGCUAGGAUACUCGUUUGACACCUCAAAUAUUCCAAACAGGAAUUCUCAGCAAUGCCAAUUGCCACGAAAAGUCACAUGCGUCACUUAACUUUGGGGGAUGAUGCUACUUGACACGUUUUUAAGGUGAACUUCCACCUUUUAAUGCAGCAGUACAAACUAGACUGGAUUGUUUUGUUUCUGACGUUGCUUGUUCAAAACUGUACAUUAUAUAUCGCUAUGUGAAAUGUGUCAAAUGCUAAAUGCAGUAACUAAAUAUUUUGAGAAAA